AUGGUAGAGCAACCGGUUGCCGACGAACGGCUUGUCGUUCCGGCCAUCGUCUCCGUCCUCUCAGCCAUCCUCCUGUGGCUGGUGGAGCGCAACGACGCUGCCUCCGACGGCCAACGAGCUCCGUCGGCCUUCCAGUGCGUGCGGAAGCCGUCCAUCUCGGUGCGCCACUACCUGGUGCGCAUCUUCCGCUACGCCUACUGCAGCCCCUCCUGCUACGUCAUCGUGUACAUAUACCUCGACAGCUUCGCCGACAGCCGCCAAGCCGUUGCCCUCGACUCCUUCAACGUCCACCGCCUCUUCAUCAUCAGCGUCCUCACCGCCGUCAAAUUCAUGGACGACAUGUAUGUAUCUAAAUGCCAUCCUCCUCAAGAAACAGAGCAAUUAGCUCUUGGAAUUAACAAUUGCAUUACUCAAUUAUGA